AUGGGUUCCGACAAAAUGGGCGCCAGGGCCGCGGCCCGCAUCGCCGCCAAGGGCCACGACAAAGCCUUCGCCAAGCGGGCCGCCGAAGCCGCGAAGAAGAACCAGUCCGGCGGAGGCUCCUCUAGCUCGGGCAGCAAGUCUGGAGGCGGAUCGUCCGGCUCCAAUAACAACAGCGGUGACUCGAACCCGAACAGUGGGAAGAAGUAG